GGGGCCCCUCCCAGCUGAGAUUCCUCUGCUCCGCAGAAUCUCGCACGGAGCUGGGAAGACUGGUGGGGGUAGACAUGUGCAGCACCAGCUAGAGGACUGGGGUAGGUAAACGUUUGGUCCGAGUGUAGAGUGGCCGUGAAAGCUGUGUCUGGGAUCAUGACAGCCUCCCGCCUGGACUUUGGGGAGGUGGAAACUUUCCUGGACAGACACCCAGAGUUGUUUGAAGAUUACUUGAUGCGGAAGGGGAAGCAGGAGAUGGUGGAGAAGUGGCUGCAGAGGCACGGUGGGAGUCAGGGGACGGUAGGCCCGAGGCCCGCAGUGGCCGGCACCAGCAGCUUGGCUCACAGUGGUGGCAGAGGCAGCGGCAAUGUUGCUGGUGGCACUGGACCAAAUAGCUCGGCCAACAGCCAGCCCGCUCCGGGUGGCGCGGACUGUGGUGGGGUUCCCCUGAGUCCCAGCUGGGCCAGUGGCAGCCGGGGCGAUGGGAGCCUGCAGCGGAGAGCUUCUCAGAAAGAGCUCAGGAAGAGUUUUGCUCGCUCCAAGGCCAUUCACGUGAACAGGACCUACGAUGAACAGGUGACCUCCCGGGCCCAGGAGCCCCUGAGCAGUGUGCGGCGGAGGGCACUUCUCCGGAAGGCCAGCUCCCUGCCCCCCACCACGGCCCACAUUCUCAGUGCCCUGCUGGAAUCGAGGGUGAAUCUGCCUCAGUACCCCCCUACGGCCAUGGACUACAAGUGCCACCUCAAAAAGCAUAAUGAGCGUCAGUUCUUCCUGGAACUGGUCAAGGAUAUCUCCAAUGACCUUGACCUUACGAGCCUGAGCUACAAGAUCCUCAUCUUUGUCUGCCUCAUGGUGGAUGCUGACCGCUGCUCUCUCUUCCUGGUGGAAGGGGCAGCUGCUGGCAAGAAGAGCUUGGUCUCCAAAUUCUUUGAUGUGCAUGCAGGAACCCCACUGCUGCCCUGCAGCAGCACAGAGAACUCAAACGAGGUGCAGGUCCCCUGGGGCAAAGGCAUCAUUGGCUAUGUCGGGGAGCAUGGAGAAACGGUCAACAUUCCUGAUGCCUACCAGGAUCGAAGAUUCAAUGAUGAAAUUGACAAGCUAACUGGAUACAAGACAAAAUCACUAUUGUGCAUGCCUAUCCGAAGCAGUGAUGGUGAGAUUAUUGGUGUGGCCCAAGCGAUAAAUAAGAUUCCUGAAGGUGCUCCAUUUACUGAAGAUGAUGAAAAAGUUAUGCAGAUGUAUCUUCCAUUUUGUGGAAUUGCCAUAUCUAAUGCUCAACUCUUUGCUGCCUCAAGGAAAGAAUAUGAAAGAAGCAGGGCUUUGCUAGAGGUUGUUAAUGACCUCUUUGAAGAACAGACUGACCUGGAGAAAAUUGUCAAAAAAAUAAUGCAUCGGGCCCAAACUCUGUUGAAAUGUGAACGCUGUUCUGUUUUACUCCUAGAAGACAUUGAAUCACCAGUGGUGAAGUUCACCAAAUCCUUUGAAUUGAUGUCCCCAAAGUGCAGUGCCGAUGCUGAGAACAGUUUCAAAGAAAGCAUGGAGAAAUCAUCAUAUUCCGACUGGCUCAUAAAUAACAGUGUUGCUGAGCUCGUGGCUUCCACAGGUCUUCCGGUGAACAUCAGUGAUGCCUACCAGGAUCCUCGCUUUGAUGCCGAGGCUGACCAGAUAUCGGGGUUUCAUAUAAGAUCUGUUCUCUGCGUCCCUAUUUGGAAUAGCAACCACCAAAUAAUUGGAGUGGCUCAAGUGUUAAAUAGACUUGACGGGAAAGCUUUUGAUGAUGCAGAUCAACGACUUUUUGAGGCUUUUGUCAUCUUCUGUGGCCUGGGCAUCAACAACACAAUUAUGUAUGAUCAAGUGAAGAAGUCUUGGGCCAAGCAGUCCGUGGCUCUUGAUGUGCUGUCAUACCAUGCAACAUGUUCAAAAGCUGAAGUUGACAAGUUUAAGGCAGCCAACGUCCCUCUGGUGUCAGAACUUGCCAUCGAUGACAUACAUUUUGAUGACUUCUCUCUUGAUGUUGACGCCAUGAUCACAGCUGCUCUCCGGAUGUUCAUGGAGCUGGGGAUGGUACAGAAAUUUAAAAUUGACUAUGAGACACUGUGUAGGUGGCUGUUGACAGUGAGGAAAAAUUAUCGAAUGGUUCUGUACCACAACUGGAGACACGCCUUCAACGUGUGCCAACUGAUGUUUGCGAUGCUCACAACUGCAGGGUUUCAAGAGAUUCUGACCGAGGUGGAAAUUUUAGCAGUGAUUGUGGGAUGCCUGUGUCAUGACCUUGACCACAGGGGAACCAACAAUGCCUUCCAAGCUAAGAGCGGCUCUGCCCUGGCCCAGCUCUACGGAACUUCCGCUACCUUGGAGCAUCACCAUUUUAACCAUGCUGUGAUGAUCCUUCAAAGUGAGGGUCACAACAUCUUUGCUAAUUUGUCCUCCAAGGAAUAUAGUGACCUUAUGCAGCUUUUGAAGCAGUCAAUAUUAGCAACGGACCUCACGCUGUACUUUGAGAGGAGGACUGAAUUCUUUGAACUUGUCAGUAAAGGAGAAUAUGAUUGGAACAUCAAAAACCAUCGUGAUAUAUUUCGAUCAAUGUUAAUGACAGCCUGUGACCUUGGAGCCGUGACCAAACCGUGGGAGAUCUCAAGACAGGUGGCUGAACUUGUAACCAGUGAGUUCUUUGAACAAGGAGAUCGGGAGAGAUCAGAACUCAAACUCACUCCUUCAGCUAUUUUUGAUCGGAACCGGAAAGAUGAACUGCCUCGGUUGCAACUGGAGUGGAUUGAUAGCAUCUGCAUGCCUUUGUAUCAGGCGUUGGUGAAGGUCAAUGUGAAACUGAAGCCGAUGCUGGAUUCCGUGGCGGCGAACAGAAGUAAGUGGGAAGAGCUGCACCAGAAAAGGCCGCUGGCGUCGGCUGCCUCCCCCUCCUCCGCCAGCCUCUUGCCGGCCGCCGGGGAAGACAGAAACUAACCGUCCAGCUUCGCGGCCGCCGCAGAAUGACCGUGUCCUGAAGGGCCGACCUCGGUCCAGUCGGCGGCAUCCCUUGGCCCCUUUUCGCUCAGGCAGAUGAAGUCUCAGUUUGCGCGGGGAAGCACGCCUGGGCUUUCCCCUUGAAGGGGGGUCAGCAGAGGAGAGCGCGGCCCUGAGGGACGCAGCCGCAGGCGGGGAGGGAGCGCGGCCCCGGCCCUGGGCUUUCCCCGCCGGCCGGCCGCCGAGCACCCAGGGCCUGAGGCUGAGCCGGGGCGCUGCGCAGACGAGCCGGCGCCUGAGGACAGCCGGCCCUGCUCCUUCCCCGCCCAGGGAGCCCGGAGCAGUGGGGACGCCCUUAGCGCUGCUUCACUUCCUAUCCCGCCCUUGAUUUGUUACAGGCCACGCAACGCCUGCCUUUGCAUCCUCUCCUCAGCGCUCUUUUGUGCCACAUUGUCCCAAGAAUCCCACUUUGUAUUCUGUAGAGGUAUCUUAUUUUUAUCCCAAAGCUUCUUAAUGAUGGAUCAGAGCCUUUAGAAUCGCCUCCCUAAGAUAUAAACUAUAGUAUCCUUACAGAUACCAAUCAUGUCUAGUUUUCCCCUAAAAGGCCCAUAGUAGGGAGACAGCAGAUGUGUUUGUGUGACUGGUGUUUAUACAACACUCAUAACACUCCAUGGGGAUUGCGGUUCCCUUUUUCAGUUUUUUAAAAUUCAACCUUCCUUGUAGACCAAGUUUUCUCCCAGGAGGAAUGGGUUAAGAGACUUUAAUUAAAGGAGGAAUGAAAGGACAUCCACAGCUGGAUUUACCACAGGUGACACAUGAAUACUUAGGAACUCUUCCCAACAGCAGGGACAUUUUCCAGACACAGCAGAACCAUGGAGAACGAUCACAGACUACCUUGAGUUCUCUUAGGGGUAAGUUUUUGUAAACCAUUUAAGGUUCCGACCAAAACCAACCUAAAGCCAAAUGCAGUGGUCCUCAGUUUUCGAUUUUUCCUUAAGUGUAAGAAAUGAUGCUUGAAAAGUGAAGAAAUAACAGUCUGGCCAGAGGACAAAUAUUUUCUAGGAAACUAGGUUUAUAAUUAGAAUAGACGAUAUUAAAUUGAUGCAAUGACUACAAAACUACUUUGCGCCCCGUUUUACCUGAGAGGUUGAGGAUGUGGUUUGAUUUGUCCAAAGAACACUGGACUAGAAGCUAGACUUCCUGCCCUGGCUUUGGCACGACUGAUCGGGUGACUGUAGACAAGUCACCUAACUUCUCCCAGCCUGUUUCCACA